AUGUCGAAUUGGUUCGGAUCGUACGACGAAAUCGGAGGCUCGGGUUCCGUCUCUCCCGUCCCCUGGUGGAAGCGCCCCCGCGUGUGGGCGGUGGUCGCGGUGGCCGUGGCAGUGCUGGCGGUGAUUGCCGGCGCUGCGGGCCUGGGCUCCUUCCUGGGCUCCAGCGACGAUGACGGCCCCUCGUCGCCCUUCCUGGGCUGCCCGCCCUCCCGAUUGCAGUACAGCCCGUUCUACGCGGGCGCACACAACUCGCCGCAGCUUCUCGCCGAGCUGAGCACGCCCAAGAAGGCCGAGCGCCAGCGCACGUUCAUCGCCAACGGCACUGUGUGGACGAUGAGCUCCUCCACGCGAGACCCGCUCGUACCCACCCCUACGGCCGGUGACGUCAGCCGCCACCCUAACACUAGUGUGGGCGUGGACGUCAUCGUCGAGAACGGCGUGAUCCACCAGAUCGGGCGCAACCUGGACAGGGCCGGCGCCACGCUGAUCAUCGACGCCCAGGGCCGCCACGUCACCCCCGGCCUCGUCGACAUGCACUCCCACCUCGGCGUGUAUUCGUUCCCGGAGGACGCGCAUGCCACGCAGGACGGGAAUGAGAUGACGGGACCCACGCUUCCCCAGCUGCGCGCCCUCGACGCCCUCGACCCGGAGGACCCGGCCAUUCCGCUCAUUCUCGGCGGUGGUGUCACCACGGCCCUCGUCUUGCCCGGAAGCGCGAAUGUGAUGGGCGGCGAGGCGGCCUAUGUCAAGCUCAAGUCCAGCAAGAACGUGCACGACAUGCUGAUCCCGGGGGCGCCUCGCGCGUUGAAGAUGGCGUGCGGCGAGAAUCCCAAGCGCGUGUACGGCGGCCAGGGUCGCAUUCCCUCGAGCCGCAUGGGCAUCGGCCUCGUGCUCCGCCAAAAGCUCAUCCAAGCCGCCCAAUUGAGGCAGUCGCAGGAGCAGUGGGACUGUAUGUCGGAGGCCCAGCGGGCGGUGACGCCGCGGCCCUUCGACCUCGACCUGGAGCCGCUCGUGGCCCUCCUCCGCGGCGACAUCAACCUCAACGUCCACUGCUACGAGACCCAGGACAUUGCGACGAUGAUGGAGGGCUACGACGGCAGCGUGCACGGCCCGCGCGUGCUGCACGAGGCCGGGGUCAACGUGGUGCUCAAGUCCGACCACCCGGUCAUCUUCGGGCGGUGGCUCAUGUACGAGGCCGCACGCGCCCACUACUACGGCCUCGACGCCUGGACCGCCAUCGCCUCCGUCACCCGCAAUCCGGCCAAUUCGAUCGGACUGGGGCACCGCGUGGGGACCAUUGAGGACGGCAAGGACGGCGAUCUCGUCAUUUGGGACCGGCAUCCGCUGCAGGUGGACGCGCAGGCCUUCAAGGUGCUCAUCGAGGGCCACCUGGCGGCCGACAACAGCGCCUUCGCCUCGGCCGUCGUCCCGCCGCCGCCCGCCGGCAACGCCACCCUCCAGCCCACCGGCCCCUCCGCCUGCCAAAACGUGUCGUCGUCGAGCUAUGCGAUCACGGACGUCACUGUGUACACGAUGGACGCCGCCAAUCGGGUGAUCGCCGGCGGCAACGUCGUGGUCCAGGACGGCGUCGUCCAGUGCGUCGGCACCGCGGCCGAGUGCCCCGUGCCCGCGGGCGGCGCCGUCGACGUCUACAGCCUGCCCGGCGGCCAGGUGAUGCCGGGCCUGGUGAACGUGGGCACGUCGCUGGCCCUGUACGAGGUCGACUCCGAGAGCGGCUCGGCCGACGGCGCCAUCUUCCCCUCCUUCUCCCAGCACGUCCGCGCCGCGGAUGGGGUGCGAUUGAACAUGUACCACAAGAAGCACCUGCGGGCGGCGUGGGCGGGCGGCGUGACGACCCUCAUCACGCCCCCCUGGGGGCCGGGCCUCGUGCUGGGCCUGUCGGCCGCCUUCUCUACCACCCCCGCCGCCGUCACCAUCGACGACGCGCUCAUCGGGACCAAUGGAGGAUCGGCGGCGCUGCACCUGUCGCUGGGCGACGCGACCAAGGGAGGCGGCGACACUUCGUCGAUCUCGGGCCAGGUGUCUCAGUUGAGGGCGAUCUUCGCAAGCGCCCAGCAGGCCAACGUCAACUCCACCGAUCCCUUCGCCCGCGCUCUUCGCGGAGAGCUGGUGGUGGUGAUCGCCGCCACGCAGGCCGACGACAUGGCCAGCGCAGUUCGCCUGAAGCAGGAGUUUGGCUUUGAUCUGGUGAUCCUGGGCGGCGUUGAGGCCGAGCUGAUCGCGGCCCAGCUGGCGUCGGCCAACGUGUCCGUGGUGCUCAACCCCGCACGCAGCCCGCCCAACACCUUCUCCACCUGGCACGCCAUGCGAAAGACCGCCGCGUACCUGAACUCGCAGGGCGUGCGCGUGGGUCUCGCCGUGUCCGACCCCGGAAAUGUGCGCAACCUGCGUUGGGAGGCGGGAGCGUCGCUCACGGACGAGGUGACGCCGGCGUUCGACAAGGUGGCGGCGAUCGCGAGCGUGACGACCAACAUCGCCCGCAUGUUCCGCCUCGAGGCGGGCGUGGGCUCCAUCACCGCCAACGGGCCGGCCAACCUGGUGGCCUUCACCGGCGAGCCCCUCUCCUUCGCCGGCCGCAUCGCACUCGUCGCCGCCGGCUCGCUCGUCGAAUGCUCGCCCGACCAGUUCUGA